UCACACUGUGGUACAUUGUUAGCACAACAGUGUUUCCCCUCUGUGCUGAAAGUGAAUGCAGAGGGGAAAGCAGGCCAUUGGUAGGAGCUCUGUUACAAAUAUCUCUGUCACUGGGUCUGACUGAGAAUAGGUCUAAAGUCCUGAUUAUAACUUUGACAAAAUGUCUCAGAACUAAGUCAGUCUCAAGUGUAGGAAGCUCUAUAUGUUCAUGCAGUUUACAACAUACCUAGUGACAAUCAAAGGUUUUAGUUUAAGCUACAUUAAUUAAAUCACCCUGAGCUAAUGUGACUUGAUGAUAGCUAUGUGAGAAAGUGAGCCAUCUGAAUGAAACCUCUAGCCAACCAUACAUGUGUACAUAUAGUCGGAUCAAAAUCCAACUGGUGAAAUUUCCUCAUGCGGUGUGGCCAAAAGCAAGAAAGAAACAAGCAAUUCUGUGGAUAUGGUUGUAAACAUAGCAUGUAGGGGCUAGCAGGCUAACAACACCAGCCUACAAAGUUGUAAAUUAAACAGAAUUUUAUCAAAGAUUUUACUCGUCAUCAUUAACCUCAGUCUCUCUCCCUACAGUCACUGCUAAUAGGCUGCAUGACCCCCCUCCAAAGUUCUUUUAAAAUUCCACCCACCAGCUUGGACCAAUCAGCUGUUUGAUUGGCCACUCCUCUUUUGUGAUUGCCCACCUGUGUCUUCCUCCCAAAUCCCCAAAACUAACAUAUGCCAAUGUUAGGAGACAUGUGACUCUUUUUUUCAACCAACUUUCUUACCAUCUGAUAAUUGAGUGCUGUGAUAAGACAUUCAGGGCUGUUUUGUUGUUGUCUUGCAGGGCUUCAGUUGCUUGAUAUUUUGCCAAAGUUAAGAUAAAAAUGGCAUUCCAGCAGUGAUCUGUGCGUGUGUGGUGCACAGGGAGCAGGAGGAUGAAGACUUGAUUAUUCAGUGUGAAGCUUUUGAAGAGGCUAUGGCUGAAGAUGAGGAGGAGCUGCUGCGAAUGUAUGGAGGCACUGAUAUGAGUAAUCACCUGGAGGUUUUCACCACACUCUUCAAUGAGGUGAGCAGCUAUCCUGCCUCUCUCCAGCUGCUGUCCAUUCUGCAGACGUUACUGGUUCUGGGACCGAGCCGCUCUGAUAUCUGGCAGGCUCUGGAAACCAUCACUAAUAGAGCCAUACUGUUGGCCCAGGACUCUCAGAUGGAGUCCUGUGAGAGGAUCAUGCAGCGGCUGAUGUUCUCAAAAGGCAAGAGCUGGGACGGUCAUCAUGAAGUGGACGGCCAGCGAAUGAAAGUAGACAAGGCUGUGCAGACUGACCUGGAUCAACAGGACAAAGAGACAAUAGACAAAAAUACAGCAUCCCCUCAAAAGCCACUCUGUGCCUCACCUCCACCCCCUCUACCCCCUGGUAUGCCUGGGCUCCAACCUUUAAACCUUUGUCCGCCGCCUCCGCCACCUCCUCCACCCCCAUUGCUACCUGUAAUGUUUAGUGGCCCCCCUCCACCUCCUCCCUUGCCUGGAAUGCCACCUCUGCCACCACCAGUUCCCUGUGGUCCAGGUAUGCCUCCUCCACCACCUCCACCACCCCUACAAGGGAUGGGAGUUGGACCUCCGCCACCCCCUCCUUUACCUGGUAUGCCGCCUCCUCCCCCAGGUAUGAUAGUGGCUCAGACCAGUCAGGUCCUGGGGUGCAGCACACCCGCAAAGACAAGCCGAUGUCCCUCCCUGAGAAUGAAGAAGCUCAACUGGCAGAAGCUUCGUGCUGUUACUGAUGCUCAGUCCAUGUGGGCCUCAGUUCAGAAAGAGCCUCCUCCUCGGGAGCCGGACUACAGCAGUAUUGAGCAGUUGUUCUGUCUCCCAGUGACCAAAGACAAAGACAAGGGGUCAGCUGCUCCUGUCAAGAAGGAGCCAAAAGAGAUUACAUUCAUUGAUCCAAAGAAAAGCCUGAAUGUGAAUAUAUUUCUAAAGCAGUUCAAAUGCACAAGUGAGGAUUUUGUAUCCAUGAUUCAGAACGGGGACCGUAGUCGUUUUGAUGUAGAGGUGCUAAAGCAGCUGCUAAAGCUCCUACCAGAAAAGCAUGAGAUUGAAAAUUUAAAGUCUUUCCAAGGAGAAAAGGACAAGCUGUCAAAUGUCGACCGCUUCUACACUGCCCUCCUGACUGUGCCGUGUUAUCAUUUGAGGAUUGAGUGUAUGUUGUUGUGUGAGGAGACCUCCUCAGUACUGGACAUGCUCAGUCCUAAAGUCAAGCUGGUUGAGGAGGCCUGCCAGUCUCUCAGAACGAGUACACUCAUGCCCAGUUUCUGCAGGCUCAUCCUUGAUGUUGGAAAUUUUCUCAACUAUGGAAGUCACACGGGGAAUGCAGAAGGGUUCAAGAUCAGUUCUCUGCUCAAGCUCACAGAGACCAAGGCCAACAAGAGCCGCAUUACACUGCUUCACCACAUCCUGGAGGAAGCGGAGGCAAAACACCCAGAGCUAUUGGCACUGCCAGAGGAUAUAGAGAUCUGUGAAAAAGCAGCAGGAGUUAAACUGGAUUCUGUCCAGUCAGAAGCCAGCUCCUUACUAAAACGACUGAACGAGACAGCCAGGAAGGUCUCCAACUCUGUGGAUGAGGUGAAAGAGCAAUAUGCAAAAGCUCUUGAGGAAGGACAGGAGGCAUGCCGAGUAUUAAAUGAAAGGUUCACUGAGAUCGAGAAGAAGAGGAGUGAGCUGGCUGUCUACUUAUGUGAAGAUGCUAAUCAGCUGUCACUUGAGGAACUCUUCGGAACCAUCAGGACAUUCCGAGAACUUUUCAUCAAGUCGCUGAAGGAAAACAAAACCAUGAAAGAGCAGGCAGCCAAGGCAGAGAAGAGAAAGAAGCAGCUGGCAGAGGAAGAGUCCAAGAGACAGAGGGGAGAGAAUGGGAAAAUUAUCAGGAAAGGCAUUGUGCCACAGAAUGAUGGCUGCAUUAUCGACCACCUCCUGGCGGAUAUCAGGAAAGGUUUCAGCCUAAGAAAGACCAGGCCCAGGUGCGAUUCGGAAAGCCUCCCUUCUAGUGAAAUACAUAGGGAUACCAGCGCGCCUGAAUCAAGUGUGAAGCCUGUAGACGAAGAAGCCGCAAACAUGGCCACCAGUUCCGCUCCCACCAAACCUCAGACAGAGGCUCACCAGGCCAGCGCAGGCGAAGUGAACGGCUUCAUCAGCCCAUCAGAAGAGACUCCACCAGCACAGAAAACAGUGCCAGACGCAGCAGCUGUAUCUCCCAGAACACCCCCAGGAAAACCAGCCAUUGUGACGGAGGCACCCCUAGAGAGACCUGUGUCACUGCAGGUGGAGCAACACCUGGAGAAACCUGCAGUAUCAUCCCUAAGUAUGAUGCCUCCUCAGGUUGACAGGGAACAUCAACCGUGUCUCAGCACAAAUGGCUUUUCAUUAGAUUCAGCUGAGACCAGCAUCCUCAGCCCAUUUUCUCCCUCAGAUUCUGACCUGCUAGAUGCUGUGUUAGACAGCACUUCCAGCCUGGUACCAGAGAAGCUGCUGCCUGAGGAGCCAAUAGAUAUUAGUGUGAAUGUUCAGAUCAAGAAAAGCCAUUUAUCUAAUACAGACACUGAUGUGAUGCAGAGUAGUGAAAGCCAUAUAAUGGAAGAUGGGAAAGGUGGAACUAGUAAUAAAAUAAGCCCUUUAACAGAGACUGUAAGAGAAGAGAAGGGCAGAGAAGAACCAGAAUGCACUGUUGCUCAAACGUCCAGCCAAGAUGAGAUUGUGAGUCACAAAGAGUCGAACCUUAAAAGCAGUCUGACCAAACUCGGUGAGUGCAUCGAGGUGUGUGACAUCCCAGAUGGACUCAAAUUAGAAGAGCCGUCGUCAGUGUCUGAAGCAGUGCUUCCAUCUCUUAAGCCUGAACCAAAGAAAUGGAAGAGUCUCUUUAAACGAAGCAAAAAGAAGAGUAAUCAAGGCAACAGUGGGAAAGGACACACUAAACAUAAAACAAGCUGUGUGUUGCAGUGAGGUAGGUCAAGUCGAUGUGAUAGCAAACAGUAAGCAGGACCGUCAUCUUGAUGAGCUCAGUCACCGUCGAAGCUUUGUUCCAAAUAACGUGUCAUUUGUUGGUCUAACUGGAAUCUGGAUUUCAUUUGUCUGUGUUGUCCAGCUUUUAACACUUGCUAACAAUUUUCCAAUUCAGAACCUAUCAGGCCAAAUUCUUAACAGCAUUUGAGCCAAUGCACAGCUCUUGAGGUGUUUCUAAUUUACAUCAGACCUGAGGGAAACUAGUCCUGAAAGUGCUAAUAAUGUACAGCAGUUAAUCAGUGGUUAAGCAAAGUAACCACGUUUCAGCGCUCAACCAGCCUUGCAGUUUGUGAAAUCAUUGUGGACUGAGUUGUUUCAUGAAAGCUGUCACUUUUGUGUCUUUUCUCUUUCCAUAUUUUCUUGUUCAUCCCCUAAAUCUGCAACUGGGACUGUUUUACUACUAACACAGUCUCGUGUGCAUCCUGUAAACUGUGCUUUGUUAAUCUGACUGUGAUGAAAGAUACUGCAUUUGAUGUAAAUGUAUUAAAAAUGUUUUAUCGCAAAACACCACAUUUAAAACAUUUUAAAAUAGACUUAGUAAUCCUUGCAAGUUAAACAAUUGUGCAUAGAUUUCUCUGCCAAGAGCUUUUGAGGCAACAACUGUCCAGCUGUGUAUGUAUUAACUUGCAAUGGUAUAAAAAAAAAUUUAAAUAUCAUUGAUUCUGUCUAUUCAUUUUAGUUU